AUGGAAAACGAAGUGAAGCAGCGCAAUCAGAGAAACAGGCGAAGGGAGCGGGCCCAGCGCAUGCAAGCACAGCGAGAGAGCAAAGUUAAGGAUGGGGACAGCGGCGAGGACGAGUCUCCGGCUAGAGAGAAGCCUCCUCGUCCUCCAGCCAGGAGAAAGAAGUCGCGGGAGCCGCUGGGGGAAGAGGAUAUCAUUGAUGGAUUCGCCAUAAUGGCAUUUCGCACCUAUGAAGAUCUAGAGGCUGCUGUAAAAUGUGCUUCCUCACCUCGCACUAAUGCGCUGUCUACAAAACCGCGGCUACCGCUAGCGGCGUUGGCAGCGGACGCAGCGCGGAAUCACCCGCCCAACAACGUCAACUCUCAUGGUAUUACGCUGCUUCAAGACGCUGGCACGUCGGAUGACAGUGGACGGGCGUCAGAACGACUUACAGGGAGUUCAGUCGCACCUCGCGAUCCAGAUUCCUCCCGCGAUCGCCUUAGUGACGCCAGUAGCCGCUGUAGUUCCGGAAAAGGCUAUAUCUGUGAUAGUGAAGGCGACGACGAUAAGGCAAGUCCAGAAAGUAGUAGAAAUGCCUCACCAAGAUAUAACGAUGUAUCAAUGGAUGAUGCAUCAGACGCAGGCUCUCUGUUUCGGGUGACGGGCGCGGGUGCUGGUGGUGGCGGUGGUGGCAAAAAUGAGUUAGUGGCGCGGGGCGGCAGCGGUGGCGCGCUGGCAUUGUCUCGCGCUCCCGUCGGCGGCAGCGCCAGCCCCGCGCCCGCGCCUCUCCCUCAACCUGCGCCCUCGCCCGCGCCCGCCGCGCUGCCGCCGCCCGCACUUCCACCACCGCCGUUCAGAGCAGACACACCGCACAGAAAUAACGGCGCUCACAUACCUACUCUCGACGGUCACGCCGCUACUCAAAUACCGGCUCGACCCGUCGGUGCCGCUGGACCAGACACUCCCGAGCGACCUGCUAGCAAUAACAAAUUACAACCGGGCGCUCGAGCUGCCGCCGACAGCCCGACGCCCGCGCCACCAGCGCCUCCCGCGCCUUCCCCGCUCUUCCCGUCGCACUCCGCCUAUCAAUCUCACGCCGCUGCUGCGUUGCCAGACUACCGUCAUACGAAUCACGAAACGCGGACUGAACAGCCGGAACAACCGCCGGCACCGCUCGACUUGCAUGCGCACCACGCACCGCGACCGCCGCCCGCGACUCCGCCCUCUACUCAGCCUUCACACCCUAGUCUCCCUGGUCGAGUGCCGCACCCCACGAUACCUGGCCAUGACGUACGAAACGUUCCGACGCCUGCUCAGAAUCACUCCUCCGUUCCUACCUCGUACCCGAGUCGCGUAAACGGUGUGCCACCAAGUGUCACGCCACACUCGACGCCAUCUACGAAUGCCAAUUGUCUUCCGAGUCAAACAUUAGCCGGUCGGCCCGCUUCCCCAGCCGCACCGACAUCUCGCCCCUACCCCGUUCCGUCGAUUGGGUCUAGUCAUAUAAACACAAGUAUAAGUUCCAGUAUUCACAUGCCCUAUCAGACUCAACCAAGUUUACAGAAACAUUCCGUUCCAUCAGCAUACGCGAAUAGACCUCCACAUCUCGCCCCAUUUAGUGUGAGCAAUCACCUUACUUCAAAUCACAUUAUGACCUCUUCGUCGAGUCAGUCGUUAACGCCACUAGGCCAUCCACUAAACAGCCAUUCCGUUAUGAAUCACACAAGUCAUCUUUCCUUAAGUAAUAGUAGUCCAUUAACGGCGACAUCCACUCCGAAUCAUAUCGGCCCGCCGCUCUCUUUAUCUUCGACAACGAGCACAAUAUCGAGUUUCCCAACUAGCCUUAAACAUCCUGGUCUCAGUUUGCCUCCACAUCCGGUUCCUUUAGGCCCGCCUGUGUCGUUACAUGCGCCGAUAAAUCACGUGGAAACGUCGCUGGCUACUAGUGUAGCUCCAGGAAUAGCUGUAACUAGUAGUAGUAACCAUGCGCUUGCGCCACCGGUAGUGGAUUCAAGGCAAACUGUGGUAUCAUCAAGCGAGUUGCCCUCACGGACUGAAAGCCCUGCGGUGACAUCGCUUGCCUGCCCUGUAUACUCUGGGACCACCUACCCGCCACUAUAUGCGCCGUACGCAACUACCCUGCAACAUAGCCCUUACCUGCCACCGGCAGCGGCAUCACCUAGGAAUUCUACAGAUACGAGAACAAGUCUUUCUGCAUCGCCGUUAGUGGCACCGAAAACACCUAAAGGUGUGAGGCCACAUACGCCCGGUUCGACUGGUGCGGCAGGUUCGGCACCACCUCAUGCUCCACUCUCAUACUCUCCACGAGGACAUAGUCCUAAUAGGGAAAGAGAAAGCUUCAGCAGCAACAUCAGUAGUCUGUCUCGCAGCACGCCGGCUUCAGCAGCGAGUGCGCCGGUGACGGGACCACUGGCACCGUCACUCGUCGCACCGCUCGCUGCACCCCUAGCGGCUCCGCUCGCGACAGGUCUUAGUGCGCCAUUAACUGCCCCAUUGGUCCCACCACUGGGCGCCCCAUUAGCCGCUCCCACUCCCACGCCCGCUGCGCCCACGCCCACACAUCUCACGCACUCGCUCGCGCCCGUGCCCACUGUGCCUAGCAUCAGCUCCAGCGCUAAACCGCCCGCCCACUGGGGGGUAACCAGACCUACGGGGUCGGAUCGUGUCAGCGGAUUCGCACCAGCGCCGCCUCUCUUUGGGGCACCUCUCGCGCCACCUAAUCCUAAUCCUUUUUCAGCCGAAUCACUCUUCCAAUCUAGUCGCAUUUCAGGUCCCGGUGCGGACUUGCUGAGGCGCGAGCUCGACAACCGGUUUCUGGCGGCGGCGGGCGCGCGCACUGAACUUCACCACCACCAGCACCAGCACACGCACGUGCACCAGCACCCGCCGCACGCGCCCCACCCGCCCCACGCGCCCCAUCCGCCCCACGCGCCCCACGCGCCGCCCCAUCAUCCGCACCAACUGCUGGUGCCGCACGCCCCACUAUUCAAAGAUGUUAGCAAAAUGUCAUCACUAUACCGCAGUGGACUUGGACUAGGCUACCCAUAUUCAUCCAGUCUGCUACAUCCCACGGGUCCUUACGUACCUCCUGCGCCACUUACCACCUAUGCUCCGAAGCCCGUAGUGUCAGCCGCAAGCGACCCUGCCACUAAACCAUCACCACGUCCCGCUGUCGCGAAAACCGGGAAAUGGAACGCUAUGCACGUAAGGAUCGCGUGGGAGAUCUACAACCAUCAGCAGAAAGAGAAGUCUGGCGGAAGCACGGUACCGCCGGGCGCGGCCGCCGCCGCCGCCGCCGCCGCUGCCGCAGACAAGGACAAGAUGCGGGCGUUCCCCGCGCCCGCGCCGCCCCCGCCCGCCGCCUACCGCUCACCUUACGACCUACCGCCACCGUACCUGCCGCACCACCCGCACCUAGGUACCGUCCGAUACGACGAUGCCCGCAACGCCGCACUCGUCAGCGCACCUCUAGUCGCGCCCACUGACCGAGGCUUGCGGGUUUCAGGCGUCUCGCCGUUCGGACGGUACGGCGCCGGCGCCUUCCCCGGGGCGCCGACCGCCUUCGGCCUCUCCGCCUACGGGCGCGAGUUCGCGCUCUCCUCUUCGCUCCACGGCGUGCAUCACGCCCCGCCGCUAGGAUCGCUGCACGACGCCUGGCGCGGGGUCCGCCCUCCCGUCUCCGCGGCGGCCGACGUGCGACGCGAGCACGAGGAACGGGAGCGCGCGCGACGCGAACGCGAGGAACGCGAACGCCGCGAACGGGAGGACCGCGAACGACGCAAAGCUCGGGAGCGGGAUCUCGAGCGGGUCCGCACACGAUCGCCGCUCCGAAACGGAACCGUAGACGCACCCAAGGAAGAGCGGAAAGAACCGCCGAGACCCCCGCCGCCGACGUUGUCCGCGUACCCGCCGCCCCCGGCGCCGUGGGAUCCGUACAGACCGUUCGACCCGCUACAGCACAUGCGGUUCGCGCCCCUGGUGGAGGCGGCCAUCCGGGCGGAGGAGGACCGCGCCAAGAUGCUGAGUGCGUACGCGCACCAUCAGCAGUUGAAAUCGAGCCCGCUGCUGCACCGCGCGUUGCCGCCGCACGGGCCCCUGCCGCCGCUGGGCGCGCACGCCCCGCUGGCCCCGCUGGCACCGCCGCUGGCCCCCCUGGCGCCCUUGGCGCCGCUCGACCUGCUCAAAAAGGAGGAGCCGCGAUGA